UCUCAAAGUUUCGCUGAGAGAAGGGUAACCUGCUGUGUGUUCCUUCGGCAGAGAACACGACAUUCCAUUACUAAAAGUGCAUCGAAAGUGUAACAAUUCGGCCUGAUUUUCAUCCCCCGCAACUGCCAUCGAAGCUGUCACUCCGAUAAGGGCAAGUGUCACUUGACUGACUAAAGGCGAUACAGAGUGUACAUUGUGUGUAGUGGACAGAAAGGACAUUCGCAACACGGUGGUGUACUAAAUAAUAAACCCUGAAUUUUUUUUUUACAUUUAUUUCUCUGAGUUUUCCGUGUUGCUCAUGAAAAGCGGCAGGAGCAAACAAGAGAGAAAAAAAAGUGUGAGUGCUACGGAUAACGUGAAUGGUUGUGGCCCACAGUGGGUAUUAAAGAAGCAAAAGAGGACAAUUUCUCUGUGUGAAUAUCCGCAUUAAUUAGCAAUUCACGGUGCGGAAUAAAGAAAAGUUUAAUACUGUGAGGACGUAACAUGGUGGAGAAAUUCUAGGCGAAGUACAGCGGAAAUCACCUUGGAGAGCUUUUAAAAAGCUUUACCGUGUUUUUCGAGGGGGUGGUGAGCAUACUUACGGCACCAUCCAUAAAUUUUCACAUGUAUUAAAUCUACAUGUCGAGUGCGUGCCUCGCCGCAGGAUCGCAACAGUGAGGAGAGGAGUUAAAACGAUCCCAAACCCCUCUGAAUGGGGUUGCGUUUAGUGGUUUGGAUACAGCACAGCCACAUCUCCCAUUUGUCACUCCAUCGUACAUAAGUUAAAGUCCCCAAGAAGAUGCAAAUAUAUAUGUUUUAUAUAUAGAAACAUCGCAAAAAUUUUAGUGUUUCUGAUAUAUUUUUCAUGCUUCCAAGAGGUGAAAAAUUGCCAUACAUACUUUAGUAGUAUACUACCUAUAUACCCCCCAACACUGAAGGCCUAGUUUUGUGGAUGAAGAAUAAAACUGAGCUAUAUAGGUACAUUACAUACAUAUAUGUAUAUCGGUGUAAUACUCAAUUGGUGAAUUGCAAAGCAUCUUCGGGGCAAAUUGUAAUUCUCGUGUGUUAGUUGUAAUAAUAGUAAUCAGCUGAACGACUUAAGCUUCCUGCGGUGCAACCCCUUCCAAGUUGAACAACAGAAGCACGGAAGUGCAUAUCGAGAUUAACUCUACUAUAUCGUACGAGGGUGAAAUUUUACAGUGAAGUGGAUACAUUUAAAAAUCAGUGUAUCUUACUGCAUAUAUGUAUAUUUACUAUAUAUAGCAACUAAUUACUGUUCAUAAAGUUCUAUUCAAUAGAGUUCAAAAGACCAAUUGAGACGUACUAUUCUUCAAUAUACAUAUCUAUGAAAAAAUUAAAUCGAAAAAAAGCCCUUCAGUGACUGAGAAAGUAAAAUUGAAAUUGAAAUAUUUUUCCAAUGAGUGUUCUAGUUUUUUGACCAUUCGACUUUCUUUCCAAGAAGGGGGUGAUAUUUUAAAGUGUUUUGAAAGUAUAGUAAGGGUGUGUUGUGCUACGAAUCAUUUAAAAAAUCCAUGGUGUGUUACAGAGUGUAGAAUUGCAGGUUUGAAAGUCAAGAAGGGAAACAACACAAACAUACCCGGAAACGAGUCAUAUUUUUCUGGAUAAGAAAUUAUCACGAGUUCCGUAAAAAUAUUCGCCUCCUGCCAAGCACCACAAUCGCUAUCGACACUGGAUAUCUUGAAUAACAUGAUUUGGACAAAUUGAGUGAAUAAUAAAAUAGAUUAUCUACGCCGCUGAGACACUUGAUCUCCUGCGGCUGUAAAGGAUGGUCAUAUGCAACAAUGUGCAUUUCAUUAUAUGAUAAUCAAUUACGAUUCAAUGCAGAUACACAUUUGUCGUCGUGAGACGUCUGUAAUUUGUGACUCAACGAAAAGAAGAGAUUUUUAGGGUGAUAAAAGAUGAUUGCGAGUGAACGUGAGAGAUUCGUGAGGACCUGCUGUGGGGGCUUCUUACUGCUGCUGUUGCUUCUGCGGACGGCAUGGGGUGCCAAAGUGGGCACAAAUGGAAAAUCCCAUGGGCAACGUUUUGCAAUGGAGCCUCAGGAUCAAACAGCGAUUGUUGGGUCACGCGUGACGCUGCCAUGUCGCGUGAUCGACAAAGUUGGCAUGCUUCAGUGGACCAAGGAUGACUUUGGCCUAGGAACGCAUCGAAACCUCAGCGGAUUCGACCGCUAUUCCAUGGUUGGAAGCGACGAAGAGGGUGACUUCUCCCUCGAUAUCUACCCCGUCAUGUUAGACGAUGACGCCAAAUAUCAGUGCCAAGUUGGACCGGGUGCAGACGGUCAAUUGGGAAUCCGUUCACGUUUCGCCACGCUGACCAUUUUGGUGCCGCCGGAGCCGCCAAAAAUAAUUCAAGGUGAUUUUAUGGUGACCACAGAGGAUCGUGAAAUUGAACUAGAGUGCAUUUCCGUCGGUGGGAAGCCAGCAGCUGAGAUUACAUGGAUUGAUGGCUUAGGAAAUGUACUUACAACCGGAAUAGAUUACAUGAAGGAACCACUACCGGAUUCGAGGCGCUUCACAGCGAAAUCUGUGUUGAAAUUGACACCGAAGAAGGAGCAUCAUAACACAACGUUCACGUGCCAAGCGCAAAAUACCGCCGAUCGAACAUAUCGAGCAGCUAAAUUGAAAUUGGAGGUAAAAUAUGCACCAAAAGUGUCUGUGUCUGUGAUUGGAGGUGCCCUAGCGGGUGGACGAAUACCUGAGGGAGCGGAAGUGAGAUUGUCCUGUCACGCGGACGCCAAUCCCAAUGAUCUGACGUAUCGAUGGUACAUCAACGAUGAGCUUGUGGUGGGUGACUACACCACCGAAAUGCUAAUCCACAACAUCACGCGCAAGUUCCACGAUGCCAUUGUCAAAUGCGAGGUCCACAAUGCCGUGGGGAAGAGUGAGGAGAGUGAAACUCUGGAUAUUAGCUAUGGUCCGGUGUUUAGGACGCGACCGAAAUCCGUUGAGGCAGAUAUUGGGACAGAGGUGUCAUUAUUCUGUGAUGUAGAUGGGAAUCCAGCACCGGAUAUUGUUUGGAUUCACGAUCCAACAGAUCGAGUCGUGCGGACAUCAUCGAAUUUCACAACAACAGUGACACAAGAGACAGCAGGGCGGUAUUACUGCAAAGCCAGCGUGAUGGGCUUCCCCGAGAUUGGUGCUGAGGCCACGGUGUACCUAAAAGGACCACCAGUGAUAUCGUCCUCACAGCGUCAACAUGGCAUUGUGGGUGACAAUGCACGCCUCGAGUGUGUGGCAUUUUCCGUGCCAAAAGCUCGCCAUGUCUCAUGGACAUUUAAUGGGCGAGAAAUUAACACGAGCAACGAUCAGGAUUACUCAAUUCUCGAGGACCCUCUUCCGGAGGGUAUUAAAUCGACACUAAUUAUUCGCGAAAGCCAAUCCCGUCACUUUGGGCGCUACAACUGCACAGUGGUGAAUGACUAUGGCAAUGAUGUCUUGGAAAUUGACCUCCUUCCACAAACGAUAGCACCCUCACUUAUAAUUAUCGUAUGUGUGGGACUCUCGGUGGCGAUAACAAUUCUCGUCGUCAUCUUCCUGUGUAUCUUCCUGAAGCGCGGCAAGAAGAAACUCCCACCUGCUGAUGUUAUUCCUGAGCACCAUAUAUCUGAGAAGGGGUGCAAAGAAAGUGACCGGUCAUCGAACAUUAGUGACCUCAAAGUGGACAUACGGUCUGGAUCGUGUGAGCCAGACUACUCAGAAACGUGCUCUGGCUCUGACAGCAUUGCUACACGUCUCGCAGCCAACAUUCUGGGAUCGAAUCAAACAACAGCAAUUGGUGGGGGUGUACCCCUGGCUGGACCCGUUAAAAUUCCCAAUGAUUACAGGUAUUCCGGAGAUUACACGGACCCAUUAGGACAUUUGCAACAGUUGAAGUCUGGUCAGAACAACAAUGGCUAUGUACCUUAUGUGGAUUAUGCACGAGAUUACAGCCCGCCACCGCAGACACUCACAGCAAUGAGAACAUCGAGUGCCACGAUGAACGGCCAAUUGCCAACUGGUGGCAAUUUCAGUUUGAAUCGUCACAGAACGACAGAGCUGCGCCAAGAUAAUGGACUGCCGAGUGUCCAGAAUAGUCUAAAUUCGCUGCCGAAUGGUUUUCUCGGCCAACCCCUACUGCAGAAUGGACUAAGCAUAGAUCCGCGAUAUAGCGCCACGUAUGGAAAUCCAUAUCUGCGAACAUCGAAUGCCUCCCUCCCACCGUUGCCGCCACCCAGUACGGCGAACCCGGCUGCAACACCAGCACCCCCGCCCUACAAUGCCGCCACGCGAAUCUCCCAGGCGACACCACCCACCACCACGUCCGGUUCCAGUGGUAUCAGUUUGGGUAGUGUUGGCAGUCUUGGCAGCGGCAGCACCACCACACUCCUUCCAAGUCAGGUCUCCGCAAGUCCUUCGGGUCAAUUUAUCCUGCCAGCAAAUGGGAACUUGAAGAAGAGUGGUGCCCUUGCAACGCACGUCUAAACCCAAGGAGGAGGGGAGUGGGGGUAUCAUGUGAUGAUGACCAUAUGAGGUCAUUCAGUGGUUUAUGUGUCAAAGACAAUACAAAGUUCUAUUCAUUAGGAUCCCUUCUAUAUAUUUUCCCUAUAUAGUUCUCUAAGAAUUUCAUACUAAAGGUGCAAAUAUUUCAUCAACGACAGUGAAGGUUAAAAAGAAAGAGAAAUGUGCAAAGUACAGGGUGUUUCAGUGAAAAAAAAAACUUUUGCCCGAACUCCAGAGGACUCAAUACAUAUUCUUUCAUUUUUUCCAUUUAGAAUUUCUUUUGAUUUAUUGAAAAUGUCUCAAUAUUCACAAAGUAAGUAUUUAUAUAAUUUCUUUUCUAAAUUUAUACAAGAAAAUGGAUUAAUUAGAGAUUGUUUUUAUAUGAUGACAAUCAUAUUGAUUUUGUCUCAUAAGAGUAAAUUAAAUUUUUUCAAAUGAAAACUUGAAUUAUUUUGUUGAAAAUCAAAUUUGAAAUUUUAUAACGAUAAAUCUUGAAGAGAAAAUAAACUUUUCCUAUUUAUAUGAA